UUAUGAAUCGCUCCUUUUCAGACUGACCGGAUUUCAGCCGCGCACACCGGAGGAAGAGGCCGAUCCAGAACCCAGCGACCCUGCACCACUUGAUCCUGAACUUUCCUCCAACUCUGCAACCAGGACUGAUCCACGGGGAAUAAACCUCUGGCCUGUAUUCGAAGAUAAGAAGAAGAAGAAGAAGAAGAAGACAGAAUCCGCAGCACUUUCUGCCCGAUCACUUUAUUUCUCUUUAUUUGGGGGGGAGGGUCUGCUAGUGAACUUCGCCAUGUCGUGCGGAGAUGUGUCGGAUGUGAGUCGGAGGUUCUGCGUGCUGUCUUGGGAUCAAGUGCAGCGCCUGGACUCGAUCCUCGGGGAAGCUGUGCCCAUCCACGGCCGAGGAAACUUCCCCACGCUGUCCGUGCAGCCCCGCCAGAUCGUGCAGGUUGUGCGGGCGAGGCUGGAGGAGAGAGGUGUGUGUGUCAAAGACGUGAGGCUGAACGGAUCUGCCGCCAGCUACGUGCUCCAUCAGGACACCGGCCUGGGCUACAAAGACCUUGACCUGAUCUUUGGUGUGUCACUGAAAGACGACCAGGCCUUCCGUCUGGUGAAGGACGUCGUGCUGGACUGUCUGUUGGACUUCUUGCCAGCUGGGGUCUGUAAGGAACGCAUCUCGGCACUGACCCUCAAAGAGGCCUACGUACAGAAACUGGUGAAAGUCUGUAAUGACACGGACCGCUGGAGCCUCAUCUCUCUGUCCAACAACACGGGCAAGAAUGUGGAGCUUAAAUUUGUGGACUCUUUGCGGCGGCAGUUUGAAUUCAGUGUGGACUCCUUCCAGAUUUGCCUUGAUUCUCUGCUCUUGUUUGACCGCUGCUCGGAAACGCCCAUGUCUGAGAGCUUUCACCCCACUGUGAUCGGGGAGAGCGUGUACGGGGACUUCAAGGAGGCCAUGGACCACCUGUGUCAGAGGACCAUAGCUACACGCAACCCUGAAGAAAUCAGGGGCGGCGGUUUACUGAAGUACUGCCACCUGUUGGUGCAAGGGUUCAGACCCGCCUCAGAGGCGGACAUGAAGCAUAUGCAGCGCUACAUGUGCUCACGCUUCUUCAUUGACUUCUCCGACAUAGGCGAGCAGCAGAGGAAGCUGGAGGCCUACCUGCAAAACCACUUUGCUGGGAUCGAGCACAAACGGUACGAGUGUCUGACGACGCUGCACCAAGUGGUGAACGAGAGCACCGUGUGUCUGAUGGGCCACGAGCGGCGCCAGACGCUCAGCCUGAUCUCCAUGCUGGCGCUGAGGGUGCUGGCUGAGCAGAACGCCAUCCCCACUGUGACGAAUGUGACGUGUUACUACCAGCCAGCGCCAUACGUACAGGACAUCAACUUCAGUAAUUACUAUAUUGCACACGUGCAGCCGCCGCAGGUCUCCCAUUGCAGUAAUUCAUAUCAGACGUGGCUGCCCUGUAGCUGAACUGGCUGUGAGACGGACAGAGGUGGAUGUGUCUCCAUCCCUCUACAAGGAAGUGGACUGAAAAUCCAUAAAAAGGAAACCCAUGUUUGCCAAAUGUGACUUAACUAAAACAAUCUUGUACUGCUGUACAUCCGAUUGAGCCGACGCAUUAACUUUUCUCACUUUUUUUCUUGCAAAACAUCUGUAAGAUUGCUGGUCAUUUCUGAGAUGUAGUGACAAUAUCUUAUUUAAGUAUUAAAAAAGGUCUUUAUGAAGCUUUAUAUCGUGUAUGUCAGAAAUACAUUUUUGAGGAAACAAACUUUGAAGCUGGUGUUAUUUUCAUACGCUGGCUUUAUGUUUUUUUUUAAAUUACAUACCGGACCAAAGAUGUAUUUGUUUUUCAGAAAGGGAAUGUUGUUAUGAUUCCAAGUGCCUAAAAUGAACCAUGAAAUGUUCUAAAAACAUCUGUAAAGUCAGAACUGUGCAUUCAGUGUUUUCUAGAUUACUCUGUUUCUCUUUUCAGAAACAAAAGCAUUUUUGUGAGAUUAAAAAAAAAGAUAAAACUCCA